GGCUGUUUAGAAACCAAAAGAUAUUAAAAGAAUAUAGAGACUUCUUGGGAAACACCAAGCCACGCUCUGGAACAGCAUCAGUGUUCUUUAAGGGACCAGGAAAAGUGGUGAUGGUUGCCAUUUGCAUCAAUGGUUUAAACUGCUUCUUUAAAUUUCUUGCUUGGAUUUACACCGGUUCAGCAAGUAUGUUCUCAGAAGCUAUACACUCAUUAUCUGAUACUUGUAAUCAGUUAUGCUUAAAUAUGUGGAUCGAACAAUUCGAAAAACCUGA